AUGGGGGUCAAGAACCUGUGGGACAUUCUCGACUCCUGCAAGCAGAAGCUGCCGCUCAAUCACCUCCAGAACAAGAAGGUAUGCGUAGAUCUCUCCUGCUGGCUCGUGCAGUUCUGUACCGCCAAUCGCUCGCCGGCUUUCGUCAAGGACAAGGUCUACCUCAAGAACCUUUUCCACCGCAUCCGCGCCCUCCUCGCCCUAAAUUGCAGCCUCAUCUUCGUCACAGAUGGGGCAAUACCUUCAAUCAAGUUGGCUACUUAUAGACGUAGGCUGGGAUCCAGUUCUGAGGCUAAUUGCGAUGAUACGAGUUCGCAACCAUUGACCUCGCUGCGUCGGAAUAAGAGUUCGGAAUUCUCGCGCAUGAUUAAAGAGGCGAAGCAUCUAGGGUUGGCCCUGGGCAUCCCUUGCUUGGAUGGCGUGGAGGAAGCAGAAGCACAGUGUGCAUUGCUAAAUUUAACCUCAGUGUGUGAAGGCUGUUUUACAUCAGAUUCAGAUGCUUUUCUUUUUGGCGCAAGGACGGUUUACAGAGAUGUUUUCAUAGGGGAUGGUGGUUAUGUCGUUUGCUAUGAAAUGGAGGACAUAGAGAAAAAACUUGGUUUUGGCAGAAAAUCGCUGAUAUCACUUGCGCUGCUUCUUGGUUGUGAUUAUUCUAAUGGAGUUCGUGGUUUUGGCCCGGAAGCAGCAUGUCGUCUUGUAAAGUCUGCAGGAGAUGAUUCCAUCCUUGAUCAGAUUUUAUCUGAUGGAGUAAAAGCUACGAGAAAAUGUAAAGGGAAAAAAGUUGGCAUUAACCAAAACAAGGCUGGUGAUGUAGUUACAUCUGAGGUUGGGAUGAGUCAAGAUUCUGGUGGUCAAUUCCGUGAGGUAAUAAACGCAUUUCUGGAGCCAAAAUGUCACUCACCUGAUUCCGAAAAUGUGCAGAGGGUAUGCUGCCAGCACCCGUUUCGUCGGUCAGAGUUCCAACAGAUAUGUGAGAAAUAUUUUGAAUGGACCCCAGAGAAGACUGAUGAAUACAUCCUUCCUAAGAUAGCUGAGAGAGAACUUCGAAGGUUUUCAAAUCUUCGCUCGACGUCUUCAGCUCUUGGGUUGAAUCCAAUGUUGAAUGAGAUUCCAGUACCAUGCCCUGUAUUGGCAAUCACGAAGCAGCGAAAAGUUCAUGGAAGCGAGUAUUAUGAGGUUUCAUGGAGAAACAUGUAUGGGCUCCAAACUUCAGUGGUUCCAGGGGAUCUCAUCAGAAGCGCAUGCCCAGAAAAGAUAACUGAGUUUUUGGAAAAGAAGGAUGAAGAGAAGAAGCAGAAGAGGAAAGCUAGGCCCAAGAAAUCAGCACAACAAGCUGAAGUAAAAGAUGUUGAUGCUCGGCUCCAAGAAUUGUUGUUAGGUAUCGAGUCGGAGUGUGCCACGUUUCCGCCUGCAAGCAGUUGCCCUCAGACAGCAGACGGACAUGCCGUGGUACCUGGCAUGGAUAUCGUUGAUCUGUCUUCUCCAUCGCCGCCCCUCCGGGCAUGCAAGUCCCAAAAGUUCAUCGGAUCAACCACAGCUACCAUGAAUGGGAUUGAUCUGCAGUGCCAGAGUCUGCUGACCGAUAUGACGGAGUCACAAAGUAGCACCCAGUCAAGUGGUGCUCAUAAUUUGGAGUCACAGAGUAGCACCCAGUCCAGUGAUGCUCAGUAUCUGGAGUCACAGAGUAGCACCCAUUCCAGUGAUGCUCUGAAGUUCACCCUGGACGACGACCUGAUUGAUCUGUCAUCACCCCUGCCUCUGGUUGCUGAUAGACCUUGCAGCUUGCAAGACUUGCCACCCUGCAACAAAGCUGAACGAAGAGCUCUGACAGAUCUAAGCAAUCUUCCUGAGAAAGGCAGCAUGCUGGGCGCUUCAGAUGGCAGACAUAAAUCUGGAACCGGCGACGGCUGUGUGCCGGUGGAAGCAUCAUCGCCAGUCGUCGAUGGGGCCCAGGUUUCCAGUAGCCGAAGUAAUGCUCAGAUUAAUUCAUUGGCGGAAUCAGAAGCUGGCGCCAUUGAUUUGUGUUCUCCUUCCCCGGCCAUUGUCAACAGGAGAAGGAACGUUAAGCUUGACAAGAAUGUCAUAGACAUUAGCGAAGCUGACAGUAGUGUUAAGUCUCCUGAAGAUGAUGAUCACGAGAGGAAAGCGAGAGAGCUAAGAUUGUUUCUGAAGAGCAUAAGAGAUGAACUGUAAUAAUACUGUAUAUCUGAACGCUUGAUUAAUCUGGUUUAUCUGAUCCAAUUGCUGGUGUCUAUACUUUUCUUUUUAGAAAUUGGAAAGCUUUCAUUACGCCUGGCCUAUGCAUCGAU